AUGGGCUUUUGCUGGAGCAGGGAGUGUGGCAACAGGCCUUGCUGGGCAGGCCAUUAUGUGCCCUGCCAUGCUGGAUGGGUGGGCCCCACUGUGCUGCUCUGCAUCUAUGGUUUCUGCUCCAUGAUGAGGCCCAUAGAGCCCUUUGUGGCAGUGUUUCUCACGGGGACUUAUAAGAAUCUCACCACUGAGCAGGUGACUAGUCAAGUGAUUCCUGUGUGGACUUACUCCAGUGCGGUCCUCCUGGUCCCAGUCCUCCUGGUCACAGACUUCCUCAGAUACAAGCCUGUUAUCGUCUUGCAGGGCCUCACCUAUGUCACGGCGUUUCUGCUGAUUCUAGUUGGCUCAGGGGUCCACUGGGCUCAGUUGGCCUUUUUCAUCUACAGCAUUGCCAUGGCAGCAGAUGUGGCCUACUUCUCCUACAUUUACAGUGUGGUGCCGCCCAGCUACUAUCAGAGAGUGACUGGUUAUGUCAGAGCAGCCAUAUUACUGGGCUAUGCAGCAGGUGCUCUGCUAGCUCAACUGUUAGUGUCUUUUGGUGUUCCCUUGUAUUACUUAGCUAUCGUGACUCUCAUCUCUGUCUCCAUAGCACUGAUAACUUCCUGUUUUCUGCCCAUGCCGAAGACUAGUUUAUUUUUUAAUGAAGCAUAUUCUGCAGACCAGACAAAGUCAAGUGUGGAUGUUAACAACUCAGAGAGCUGGAACUUUUGGGGCAAGAGUGAGACGGCUGCCAAGUACGUUGGAAGGAUGUUCAGAACACUCAUACUGGACUGUAAGAAAUGUUAUUCUUCUACGAUGAUGCUCUUUUUCUGCAUAUGGGCAGCUACAGGGAGGUGUGGCUUCUACCAGGUGUCAAGCUACAUCCAGGUCCUCUGGGUACAUAUACAGCCCAACAACUUCACAGCCUACAAUGGAGGAGUGGAUGCCAUCAGCACAUUGUAG